AUGGUGCUCGGCGACAACCCCGCCGCAAAGAUCCAGGGUCUUGACAGACUGGAGACACACUUGCAGACCUGCGACCCCUUCUCGCUCCAGCAGCUGUACGCCCUGCUCGCCAACAGCGUCGAGUGCGCGCAGUUGCAGAAGGGCCCUUGCGAGCGCAUGGCGUGGAUGGCGCUUCGGUGCGUCGUCAAGCACAAG